AACGGAUUUCUGAGUCAGUGGAAUAUCGAUCGAUACCUCCGAAGCGUGCAGACGACGCCGAGGAACAUGGCGGUCCACGGAGUAUCAAGCUCUCGCUGUUGGAUUACCUGAGGAAAGGACAGGAAACCACGUGAGGACACAUGGCGCAGGCUGAACGCCAAGAGUCUUUGGUGGCCUUCUCACCCUCGAUCCGGGAAAUAGGUUUCAUUGAUGAAGAUGAAGCGGUCAGCGAUUUGUCUGAAGUCUCAGCAAGCGAAGAAGACAAAGUUGAAAGAAACCCAUCGGAGCUUCUGUCCAAAAGCAGCGAUGCUUCUCAAGAUGAGGACAACAACGAGAUCAUCUCCUUCGACCCCGUUCCUCCAGAAGUGCCUAACCAACAACAGGUGGUGCAUUCAAUACAUUCCAGUCAAAACCUUCCAUCUGAAAACAGCGAAGACUAUCAAAAUGCCUUACACUCAUCUGAUGUGGAAGAUCCGAAAGAAGAACAAAAUUUCCUUAUCGUUCCAUCCAUGGACAUCCUAACACUCGACCAGUCCAUGGUCUCAUUAAAGCUAGCCUUAGAAGACAGAUCCACUCUUUCGGCUUUCGAGAAACUCAAUAAAAAGAAAGCGAAAGGAACAAUGGACGUUGCCAAACUGUCGGAAAACGUCGCAAAAAAUAGGUACAAAGAUGUCCUGCCAUAUGACGACAAUCGGGUUGUUCUAAAAGGAGGACCAAAUGGCGAUUAUAUCAAUGCCUCAUUUGUUCAAAUGAGCCUACCUCAUCCGAGAAAAGCGAAUCAAUACAUCGCAACUCAAGGACCUUUGCCUCAAACAUGCGACGACUUCUGGCAGAUGGUAUGGGAACAGGAGUGUGGCCUCAUUGUGAUGGUUACAACUUUAAAGGAACGAAAUCGGGUGAAGUGUCAUCAGUAUUGGCCAGAGCUGUACCAGACAAUAGGAGAAGACUUACAAGUGACUUGCUUCAGUGAGACUACAUCCUCAACCGGAAUCACAAGAGAUUUCUUGAUCUCUCAUCAAAAAGAAAAAGUGGAGCGUCACGUAGUCCAGCUUCAAUAUAUCAACUGGCCUGAUCAUGGAGUUCCACAAGAUUCCACAGAUUUUCUAGAAUUCGUCCAUCAACUAAGAAAUCUGAGACGAGACAUCGGAGGAACUGUUGUGGUUCACUGUAGUGCCGGUGUCGGACGGACGGGUGUUCUGAUUCUGAUGGAAACUGCUCUGGGAUAUAUCGAUGCAGAUGAACCUAUGCAGCCACUGGAACUAGUCAAACAAAUGAGGGACCAGAGAGUAAUGAUGGUUCAAACUGUGGUUCAAUACAAAUUUAUAUGUGAAGCCAUCCUUAAAGCAUACAAUGACAGAUACAAGAGGCCAGCUAAGCCCGACGGACAAGUAGAAUUCACCUAGCCAAGCACCCAAGUCUUUCCAAUGUGAAUGUGAAUGCCCCAUCGUCCUUCAUCAAGUUAGCAAGUUUAUAAAAGUUAGAGUGUGGAAGAUGUUUCCUAAUAAAAUAAAUUUUGUAUGCUUGAAUAUAUUAAA